CCUACUUCUUUUAUCAUCCUUUCACUCUGAAACCUCUAAUUUCGGAUUGACGAAACUAGGAUUACUGUGUUCAUUCCUAGAUCUGUCGGGAAAUUAGCGAGUACAUCGACUUGGGACCCAAAAACAUAUCGACAAUAUGUCUUCUGAGUCUCGGUUAUAUACGUUCUCUCCGGAGACUAAGGAGAAACUGCGCAAGUUUCGUCUUGGAACUUCUAGAGCUAAGGAUGCUCAGGCUAUAAUAUAUAUCAUUGAUCAAAAGAGCCAAGAGAUUCGUCCUGAAGAUGGCGAAAUCUACACAAACAUGCAGGACUUGGCCGAUGAGCUUCCUGAUUCAUCACCCCGGUUCAUCCUCCUCAGUUACCCCUUGACUUUGAAAUCCGGUCGCCUCUCGGUUCCUUAUGUCCUUCUCUACUGGCUCCCUGAGAAUUGCAACCCGAACUUGCGAAUGAUGUACGCCGGUGCCGUUGAGUUGAUGCGAAAUACCGCCGAAGUCAACCGUGUGAUUGAAGUCGGGGAAGAGGAAGACAUCACUUCCAUUGAAUCGAAAUUGCAGAGUGCGGAUUAAACUCGAACGGUUCUUUUGGAUAGACGGUUAUUCCCGGUGAACUCCUUUAUGUUAUGACAUUGGCGCUUCUAUCUCCGGGUCGGCGUUAUGCAUUUGACAUUACUAUCGUCUUUGACACCGCGUGGAAUGACGACGAUGCUUGGUUUACUGAAGCGAAACCAUAUACUUUUUACCAACGGCCCUGGUUUUCUUCGCUGAAAUGUUUAAUCUUCGGCCAUGUAAUAGACUCGGGUUCUCUUGAACUAUACAUAUAUGUAUGUAUGUAUA